CCAGAACACAGGAGGUACAGGUUUCUAUAUCGGUUGACGAUUACUACAAACACGACAUAAGUCCGUAAGUCCCGAUUGCAAACCAGCUUUCCGGAACCAAACCUCUGACGCUCGAAUUUCCGGGGGGAAGCGUGAGUAUGUUACUACGGAUCGAUUGCUUUGGCCUGGCGGAGACUUAUCUGGAAGGGCCCUGCGCUGGGAGGCAAAGGAAAGGAGGUUAGUAAAGGACGUACUCCGGUGGAGGGACCCAGAGCCACUGAGAUUCGGGAGGCCACGCUGGCCUGUUUGGGUGGGUUUCCAAGCGGGUCGGAGAGUUCAGUCAUGUUCGCCCACGCGGUGAAGCGCGCCCUGCGCAAGAAUAAGACCCUUCGCUACGGAGUUCCCAUGUUGUUGCUGAUUGUUGGAGGUUCUUUUGGUCUUCGUGAGUUUUCACAAAUCCGUUAUGAUGCUGUGAAGAUUAAAAUUGAUCCUGAGUUAGAAAAAAAACUGAAAAUGAAUAAAGUGUCAUUGGAAUCAGAGUAUGAGAAAAUAAAGGACUCUGCUUUUGAUGACUGGAAGAAUAUUCGAGGACCCAGGCCUUGGGAAGAUCCUGACCUCCUCCAACGACAAAAUCCAGAAAUCCGUAACACUAAGACAACUUGACUAUGCUGAUUCUUUUUUUUUUUUUUAAUAAAAAUGUUAUCAACUGGAAUUCCCACCACAUACUCCUAUCCAUUGGAAAGAAAAUUCCAGACCUGCUGAAGCCUGGAUUGGAGUAAUCUGAUGAUAAGUACUCUUGAUAAAAAGUUAAGUACAGGUUUCUAUACUUCCCAACUCUUUUAUUUGCAAAUGAAAGUAACAAUGUUGACCACAUAUAUUUUUUACUGCUCAAUAAAAAUGUGAAUACUGCCA